AUGGCUUUCAAGCGAGGGAAAUAUCACCCCGGAAGCGACUGGGCGAUUAUCGGAUCCAGGAAGCGGAAACGAAGCCAAAUGGGGAAAGAUAGCGAUGUUUAUGUCCGUGGCCGCAAGUACACGAGACAAGAAAUCGAAAAAGAAAUCGCACGACACGUUCCUCUGGGACGCGAUUGGUGCAGCUCGGAGGAUAUACUCCCAGAUUAUAUCAUAGUCUGUACCCCCCCGGCAGAGCCAACUGGUACGCCGGGUAUGUUUCGUGACGUCCUUCUUCGUGACCUUCCUUGGUAUCAAUGCGCCCAAGAGAUAAACAACCUUGUCUCAGGAGUACUCCGAAGGCGUAUCGUCGCAUCAACCCCUGGCACCUCUCUUGAGACCUCCAUGAGACAGCUUGUUCCUCAAUCCGAUGGCGAUCUACUACAGCUGCAUGUGGUUCUUGGUUCCCGCUUUGAGGGCAAUAACGACCUCAAUGCGUAUCUUCCACCUGAAGUCCUGGACAUUGGAAAUUUUUCGAUUGAAAGUGCAAGGGCGCUGCGGGACAAGUCCCCUAUAUCGAUCGUCAAGGUCUUCGUACAACGCUUUGCGUUUUUGUCGGCCAACAAUCUACUCAACCAAUACCAGUUCAAUGAGGCCUUCCGCUGGAUCGUGGAGAAAGGUGGCGCUGAUAUUCUUGUAAUUCUCUGUCGGCUUCGCUCCCCGUUAAUGAAGGCCUUCGCAAGAAAGGUCUUCUGGAGUGCUCUAGUGUCCGGAAAUAUAUCUCUUGUUGGCAAACUUUUACAGUGUGGGGUUCGGCUGCAGACUGAUGACCCCUCUCAACGUCAACGUUGGACUGAGUGCCUCUCCGAAGCGGUUUACGAUGGGCACGAGGCUGUGGUUGAGCUACUUUGCAAGGCAGGGGUACGCCCUGAGGUCAACAGUAGGCGGCCAUGGCCAAGUGACUGGGACUUGUGGCUUCUGAGUUUACAUAAAUUGCUCGACUUUGGUGCCGAUCCGGAAAGAUUCAUCACAGGAGAAAAGGCCGGGUUCCCUUUGAUUGAUGCAGCACUCAAUGGUAGCCUCAGGGCUGUGCAACUGCUUCUACAUAGAGGAGCUCGAGUCAAUAUUUACCUUGCUCACUAUUAUGGAACAGCGUUGCAAGCUGCAGCUUCUCAAGGUCACUUGGAGGUGGCCAAAUACCUCAUUCAACAUGGAGCAGAGAUCAACGUUCCCUGUGUCCCGCAAAUCCAGCUUUUUGUGAACUUCGGUAGUGAAGAGAUCCCUAUUCUACCCUCCGAUUCAACCGCAGAUCUUAUCCCCCUUCUAACCCCUGUUCAAAUUGCUGCAAAGAUGAACAAUGUGGGUCUUCUUCAAGUGCUGCUCCAACAAGGAGCAUCUGCGAUGGCUUGCCCGGUCUCCGCACAUCCUGAUUUCAAACGUUGUCUUUCGUAUCAAGCUAAGCCAAGCUGGAGUGACCCAUGGAGAUUUAAACCUGAGUAUGGCAGCGAGCAAGUGGUGUGCACUGCCUUGCAAUACGCCGCUCUAAACCAAAAUUUGGAGAUAAUCACGCUUUUGCUAUCCACAGGAGUUGCUCCAGACUCCCGAGUUGCACCUUAUGUAGGUGACACGCCCUUGCAAAUGUCCGCAAGGUUAGGAAAUUUCGAAAUGUUUCGACUAUUCUGGAGCUGGGGUGCUGAUUUAAAUGCCCCCCCUGCGACUUGCAAUGGCCGCACUGCAAUGCAAGGGGCAGCAGAAAGCGGAAACUGGAAGAUCCUGUUGAUGCUUCGGCACGCUGGCGUGCAGAUAAAUGCACCAGCAGGAGCAAAACAAGGCAUGACUGCAUUGCAGGCCGCCUGUUUGAAUGGCCACUCUCUGAUGGCUGGGGUUUUGCUCGCCGAUGGGGCGUAUUUAAACAUAGGUCCAUCGUCCGUGCAAGGGUUAACACCUCUCCAGGCAGCAGCCACGCACGGCGACAUACGGCUUGUAGAAGAGCUGAUUACCCUUGGAGCAGAGGUUAAUGCCCCGGCAGCCGAGGGAGGUAAGACCGCUCUUCUAGCUGCUAUCGAGCACGAAUCUUUGCCACUUCUCGAAUUGCUAGUGCAGCAUGGCGCGGAUAUUAACGCAACCGGGGUAUAUGGCUUCCUGUCUCCUCUUGGAGGGGCGGCCAGUCGAGAUUGGCUCGAAGGGGUGCAUUUCCUUCUGGACCAUGGUGCGAAUGUUAAUAACACUCCGUUUGGCCUAGCAAUGUUGGAUGAAAGUGAGGAACAUGCUCCAGAGCAGCUAUUAAGCCCUCUGGGGUGGGCUAUCAUGAACAGAUCCGAGACGAUGGUAGAUUUAUUGCUGCAACAUGAUGCCGACGUUCUUGCACCUGCUAUAUUCGAUGGGCCUCCCCCUCAAAGCGCACUGAUGCAUGCAUUAGACCAAGGAUCAAGUUUGGGGGUUAUUGACUUGCUUCUAGCAAAAGUCCCCGACUUGCAAAAACAUCCUGGAUGGGAAAACGCGCUUGAGGUUGCUCUAGUACUCUCCAUCGAAGUUGACACUAUCGUCCGUCAGCGAAUACUUGAGAAAGUAAACUCACUCCCGCCGUUGCUUCGUCACCAAGCAACUCAGAAGGCAUGGGAUGCACUGCCUCUCAGUUACGGUCAUUUUCGUUGUGAAAAAGAAACUCUGGUAGAGACUAUUGAGCUUCUCAUAGAGUCUGGAGUAUCUCUAGACUCCCGCGCCAAGGAUGGAAGCACUCUUGUUCAGCGUACAGCCUGCAGAGGUUAUGACAAAUCUUGCUCUUUUCUUAUCAACCGUGGCGCCGCCGUUAACAUGCACUCAAACGAAUCUUGGGGAACACCUCUUCAGGAGGCAAUCAAGUGGACUCAUGUCAACAUAGCCAAUGUUUUACUAGACCAUGGGGCAGAUAUCAAUGCCCUCCCAGCAGAGGAUAGAGGGGUUACUGCGCUCCAGGCGGCUUCCAUCAAUGGAAUGUUUGAGCUGGCUGUACGGCUUCUUGAGCGUGGAGCAGAUGUCUCCGCGCCAGCUGCACCGAAGAACGGCAGGACAGCAAUUGACGGCGCUGCAGAGCGUGGUCAUUUUGAUAUGGUCCAAUUGCUUUUGAACGCCUAUGGGGAUGAUGCAGAUCUGGAGCCGAUACGUCGUCAGGCGGCGGAUUAUGCGGAAAGGGAAGGCCAUUUUGAGAUUGCUCAAUGGUUACGUGAGCAUUCGGGGAGUUGAGUUUGUUGUAAAAUGCGCCGCCAACCUUUGGUGUAUUUCGAUCUUAUUCAAUCAACGGGAUUUCUAAUUGUGAUGUUUCUUAGUUUGGAAUCGACAUUAUGUGUAUGGAAACUUGAUCAGCUACCUCUUCCAUAGAUCCGGAAGUGGUACUAAU